AUGCCCUUGCUGCGAAUGGCUUGGUUCCCGCCUUGUUUAAUCGUUUCUUCAACGUCAAGUUUGAUUGCGGCUUUUCAGCUUUCUCCUUUGUUGCAUUUUCGGACUCCAACUUUCCCGUGUGUUUUGUGUGUUUCUCUGUGUUGCUUACAUUACACAUUUCUCACGACUACAUAUCUGGAUUCCUUUUGUUUUCUGGGGUCUUUCUUUCGAUUUGUCCGCCCUUUAACUGUUGGUUUUUGGGGGCCAAUUGACCAAAAGAAAGCCGCAUCGAAUUCCCGGAAACGCGGGCUUAUGGAGAGCUCCGGUUGA